AUGAAUCCCCCUCUUGAACUUUUCGUCCUCUCGUGGGGUGUAUACCCCCGUCGAGUUCUAACCUAUCUCGCUGAAAAGAACCUCCUCAAUUCACCUCUCAUAAAAAUAUCCGAAAGCACGGCCUCUGAAACUGGUGAACUCUCUGCUCCUCGCAAACCCAAGGGCUCCGUCCCCGUUCUACGCCUCCCCGACGGGUCGUUCAUCAAGCAAUCCAUUGCUAUUCUGCUGUACUUUGAAGACAUCUGCGACCGCCCUGAAGAACCCUGGCAAGUUGAGCUUUCCAAACAGGCCAAGGGUAGCAUGCUGGGUGAGACAGCGGCAGAAAAGGCAAGAGUGAGGGACAUGUUGUGUCUCGCAGAUGAAAUCACAAGUCAAUUCGUUCUAGCCUGCCAUAAAGGCACAGCGUUAUUUGUACAACUGGAGACGACAAAUGCCACUGCUUCGAAGCUCAUAAUGGAGUAUUGCUACAAGAACUUGAAGCUUUUGGCAAAGUACUAUGACAACGAUUCACGACUUAAUGGGGAUGAAGGAAAGGUCAAUGUUGCGGAUUGUGUGCUUCAAGCAGUUCUGUAUUUUGGGAAGGAUGUAUAUGGUUUGGAUCUUGUGGUUGAUCCUGAGUUGGCCAGUUUGAGGGCAUUCUAUGAGUGGAUGGAGAAGAGGGACAGUGUCAAGGUGGAAUUGCCAUGUCCCGAGUGGAUUCAGCAGUUGGCUAGUCAGUGGCUUCCCGUUGAGUAA